GCAGCGGCCGGGCGGGCGCAGCGCGGGACGCCCAUGUACUCGCAGAAAGAGCUCACGUCAAAUAAAAGAGAUGAGUUUGAAGACAUCUUGGAGGAAAGACGGGUGUCCAGUGACUUGAGAUAUGCAAUGAAGUGCUAUACACCCGUGCUAUACAAAGAGCUUUCACCGUGCAAGCCACAUGUAAUUAAAAGUGCUGUUCUGCAGUCAGAGCAAGUUCAAUAUGUCAUCAAGCAGUUAGCAAAAGAGACAGGAGAGUCACCUGAUAUUAUUCAAGAGGAAGCCAUGGAAAUUCUGGAUGAGAUGGGCCACAGUAUGCAAUUAGGAGCCGUCAGAUUUUUUGCCUUUACUCUGAGCAAAAUAUUUAAACGACUUUUUCAGAGAGUUUGUGUGAAUGAAGAAGGAAUGCAGAGAUUACAACAAGCCAUUCAAGAGCAUCCUGUUGUACUUCUGCCCAGUCACAGAAGUUACAUAGAUUUUUUGAUGCUGUCUUAUUUGCUGUACACCUACGACUUGGCUCUGCCUGUCAUUGCUGCGGGAAUAGACUUCCUAGGAAUGAAGAUAGUUGGUGAGCUGCUGCGAAGGGGAGGCGCCUUCUUUAUGCGACGUUCCUUCAGUGGCAACAGACUCUACUGGGCAGUUUUUGCUGAAUAUGUAAAAACUAUGCUAAGGAAUGGCUAUGCCCCGAUUGAAUUUUUUCUCGAAGGGACUAGAAGUCGCACUGCCAAGACUCUAACUCCAAAGUUUGGUCUUCUCAGUAUUGUGAUGGAGCCCUUUUUUAAACGUGAAGUCUUUGACACGUACCUCGUUCCCAUCAGCAUCAGCUAUGAGAGGAUUUUAGAAGAAUCCCUUUACGCAUAUGAACUCCUAGGAGUCCCAAAGCCCAAAGAAUCUACGUCUGGCUUGUUGAAAGCCAGAAGAAUCCUCAGUGACAAUUUUGGGACGAUACAUGUUUACAUUGGCCAGCCGGUGUCACUCAGAACCUUAGCAUCUGGGAGGAUCAAUCGAUGUCCCUAUAAUUUGGUUCCCAGGCAUCUGCCCCAAAAGCCGUCUGAGGAUAUCCAAGAAUUUGUCAGCGAUGUAGCUUAUAAAAUGGAGCUCAUGCAAAUAGAAAACAUGGUUUUGAGACCCUGGGUGCUUGUUGCUGCUGUCCUGCUCCAGAAUUUGCCAGCCAUGGAUUUUGAGCUUCUAACAGAAAAGACCCUUUGGCUUAAAGGCUUAACACAGACUUUUGGGGGAUUCAUCGAGUGGCCUGAUAACCUGUGUGCCAAAAAAGCCGUCACGUCCGGCCUGGCCCUGCAUUCCAACAUCGCCCGCCUCGUCGACGGCCACGUGGUCCUAAGCGACGCAGGAGCAGCAGAGGGGGCCGUGGUCUUCAAGCGAGCCCUGGCCGUCCUCCUGUGCGCGACCUACAGGAACCAGCUGCUGAACGUGUUUGUGCGUCCCUCCCUGGUGGCCCUUGCCCUGGAGGUGACGCGCAGCUGCCGAAGAGAGGAAGUCUACAGAUUCUUCAGCUUCUUGAGAGAUAUAUUUUCUGAUGAGUUCAUCUUCUUUCCUGGCAUUUCACUGAAGGAUUUUGAAGAAGGAUGUUUUCUACUUAMAAAAUGUGAUGCAAUUCAAACAACUCAACAAGAAAUCUACCCUACCGACAAAGGAAGUAUUGUAAUAUCUUUCUUAUCAGCUAUGUUCAGGCCCUUUUUGGAAGGUUAUCAGUUAAUUUUCAGGUACCUCUCAAAGGAAGCAAAAGAAGCCUUUACGGAGAAGCAGUUUGUACCUGGAGUCCGCAACUUCAUUUUUCAGCUGCUUGAGAAGGGGCACACUCAGUGUUAUGAAGCAUUGUCUUCUGACAUCCAGAAAAACGCCUUGGCAGCUCUUGUGCAACUAGGUGCAGUGAAGAAGAAGAAAAUGACCAAUGGAUUCACUUACAGUGUAGAUCAAGAGGCUGUUGAUAAAAUUCUGGACAUGUUUGACUCUCGGAUACCUGCACAGAAACCUGUGGCCGCCAGACUGUGAGGGGUCGGGAUGCCGCCYGGGACCGUGGCUGCCGCCGCCAGCGGGGAACGCGGAGCGGUGCCGAACCCAGCGCGGGGCCCACAGGCGGGAGCCUCRUGCCUUGUCCUUGGGUUUGGCCGAGGCGGGGAUGCCUCCGGAACGCUGUUGUGCAGCAGGAGCCUUUUCCAUUACCACUGAGACACUCUUGUAUUCGUACCCGCGCUGUGUUUGUUUUUAAAAACGGAAUAAGCAUUGUCUUUCUUUGGAUAUGUAUUUAAAGAGAAGUGCACGGUUAAUGGUUACUGAAAUAUUUUUUUUUAGAGGUGUAACAAGGAAUGUGAGUGAUUGCACAUAAUUUCAUUGAUAGGAAACUGUAAUAGGGACUUAAAGACUUAACAUUAAAAUUGGUGUUUAAGGAGAAAGGAGAGGAGGAAAAAAAACAAAAACCAAAAACCACAGCUGUUUGCUGGCUGGCUCUACCUAGGAUAAUGAGGCUCC